AUGUCCGAACCUCAAGGCACCAACGGCACCAAUGGAACCAAUGGCGUUCACGGCGCUAGUGGCCAGAAGCAUCUCGAGAGCACUGCUUCGCAUGCAUCUUCGUCAUCUGGGAACGAGCUCAAGAGCCGCCCGGCUCCUCUUGCCAAUGGAGGAAAGGCGAUGAAGGCAAACAGGAAAGGAGUCACAGCUGCGUUUUCCCAGAUCGGGCAGCUUGUCCACUCCUCCAAGCGUCCGCUACCAACUCAGAACGGAGAUGGCACGUACAGCGAGAAGAAGAAGCAGACAGGCCUUCGAAAUGACCUCAAGUAUCUGAGACUGAAAGACUUCAAAACCCUGUUUGAUCUGGCCAGCAGCAAGAUGAAGGGGCCUGUGGUCGACGACAAGACCAUGAUCAUGGAGCGUGUCAUUCAACUGGUCGCUGCGCUGCCGUCUCACUCACGCAAGCGCGUGCAGCUCACCAACACUUUUCUCAACGAGCUGUGGUAUACUCUGGAGCAUCCACCACUGAACUACAUCGGCGAUCACUACCAAUACCGCCAGCCUGACGGCUCCAAUAAUAACCCCAUGUUUCCUCAAUUGGGCGCCGCAGGCAACACAUAUGCGCGCUCAGUCAGACCCUCUGUCGUUGCUCCUGGGGCUAUGCCUGACCCCGGCCUGAUCUUUGAUUCCAUCAUGGGACGUGGCCAGUACCGCAAGCAUCCAAAUAAUGUCUCCAGUGUUCUUUGGUAUUGGGCUACCAUCAUUAUUCACGACCUUUUCUGGACCGACUAUAGGGACAUGAGCAAGUCCAAGACGUCUUCCUACUUGGACCUGUCCCCACUGUAUGGUAGCAACCAAGAGAUGCAGGAUACGAUCAGGACGUUCAAAGACGGCAAGCUUAAGCCCGACAGCUACGCAGACAAGCGCUUGAUUGGCAUGCCGCCUGGAGUCAGCGUGAUUCUGAUCAUGUUCAACCGGUUCCAUAACCACGUUGCCGAGAACCUUGCCGCCAUCAACGAAGGUGGUAGAUUCACGCCUCCGUCCAAGUCUUUGGAGGGAGAGAAGGCAGAGGCGGCCUGGAAGAAGUAUGAUAACGACCUCUUCCAGACCGCUCGCCUGGUCACUUCCGGCCUGUAUAUCAACAUUACCCUUGUUGAUUAUGUUCGCAACAUUGUAAACCUCAACCGUUGCGACACCACUUGGACCUUGGAUCCACGCCAGGAUAUGGGCAUUGACGCGGACACCGCCAAGGGUGCUGAGAGAGGGACUGGUAAUGUGGUCUCUGCCGAGUUCAACCUGUGCUAUCGAUGGCACUCCUGCAUAUCGGCCAAGGACGACAAAUGGAUCCAGGAGUUUUACGCCAAAUUGUUCGGCAAGCCUGCUGAUCAGGUCAGCCACAUGGACUUGAUCAACGGAUUCAGCACCUUCGAGAAGUCUAUUCCAGAAGAUCCACUCGACCGUGUGUUUGGAGGCUUUACUCGCGGUGCGGAUGGCAGGUUCAAUGACGAUGACCUCGUCAACUGCAUUUCCGACGCCGUCGAGGACUGCGCUGGCGCCUUUGGUGCCAAGAACGUGCCCCAAGCCAUGCGCCCAGUCGAGAUACUGGGUAUCCUCCAGGGCCGCAAGUGGAACGUUGCCGGUCUGAACGAGUUCCGGAAGCACUUCGGUCUGAAGCCGUACGAGCGCUUUGAGGAUAUCAACUCCGACCCUGUCGUAGCUGAUCAGCUCAGACACCUCUACGAGCAUCCUGACUUUGUUGAGCUCUAUCCCGGCAUGGUUGCGGAGGAGGCCAAGGAGCCUAUGGUCCCCGGCGUGGGCAUCGCACCGACGUACACCAUUUCCCGCGUCGUCCUGUCGGAUGCCGUGUGCCUGGUGCGAGGUGACCGCCACUACACCACAGACUACACCCCGAGGAACCUGACCAACUGGGGGUACAACGAGGUGCAGUAUGACUUGAACGUGAACCACGGCUGCGUGUUCUACAAGCUCUUCAUCCGCGCUUUCCCGAACCACUUCAAGCAAAACUCCAUCUACGCGCACUAUCCGAUGGUCAUCCCGUCGGAAAACAGGCGCAUAAUGGAGAGCAUCGGCCGGGCCGACCGCUUCGACUACGGCCGCCCGACGCCCAUCCCGCCGCGCAUCAACAUCACCUCGUACGGCGCCGCCAAGUACAUCCUGGAGAACCAGGACAGGUACAAGGUGACGUGGCACGAGGGGCUCACCUUCCUCAUGGGCAAGGGCGGCGCGCGGUUCAUGUUGUCGGGCGACACGCCCGACCACGCCGGCCAGCGCAAGUGCAUGCACGCGCAGCUGUACAAGGACGAGUGGCGCGCGCACAUCAAGCAGUUCUACGCGCAGAUCACGGAGCAGCUGCUGCGGGACAACAGCCACCGCGUCGCCGGCCGGCGGCAGGUCGACAUCAUCCGCGACGUCGGCAACAUCUCGCACGUGCACUUUGCCGCGCGCGUGUUCAACCUGCCGCUCAAGACCAAGGAGAACCCCAAGGGCAUCUACACGGAGCACGAGCUGUACAUGGUGCUGGCGCUCAUCUUUGUGACCAUCUUCUUCGACAUCGACCCCGUCAAGUCGUUCCCGCUGCGGCAGGCGACCAAGACGGUUUGCGACCAGCUUGGCAAGCUGAUUGAGACCAAUGUCAAGAUCACCCGGCGCUUCGGUGUCCGGGGCUUGUUCUCAGGCUCGGCGAGGAGGGAUGACCCCCUGGCUAUGUAUGGCGUGCACAUGGUGCAGGGCCUCGCCAAGUCGGGCCUGAGCAACUAUGACAUUGCUUGGAGCCAGAUCCUUCCCACAGCAGGCGCCAUGGUGCCGAACCAAGCAGAAGUUUUUGCGCAAGCCGUCGACUUCUACCUCUCAGACGCUGGGCAGCCCUACUUGCCCGAGCUUGAGCGCGUCGCCCGUUCUACGGUCUCACCAGAGACCGACGCCCUCUUGCUAGGCUAUGUCAUGGAGGGAAUCCGCUUGGCCGGUACAUUUGGAUCGUAUCGUGAGGUCGCAGCUGAUGACACCAUCAUGGAAGAUGACGGCCGCGAGGUGCCGGUGAAGUCCGGCGAUCGGGUCUUUGUCAGCUUCGUGUCGGCCGCUCGAGACCCUCAUCACUUCCCAGAGCCAGAAACUGUCAACCCCCGCCGCCCACUAUCAGAGUACAUUCACUACGGAGUCGGUCCACACGCCUGCCUGGGCAAGGAUGCAAGCCAGAUAGCUCUGACCGAGAUGUUCCGUGUUCUCUUCCGCAAGAAGAACGUGAGGCGGUCCCCAGGCCCGCAGGGUGAGCUAAAGAAAGUGCCUCGUCCUGGCGGCUUCUUUGUCUACAUGCGUGAGGACUGGGGUUCUCUCUUCCCCUUCCCGGUCACGAUGAAGAUUAUGUGGGAUGAGGAGUGA